AUGUCCAAACGAGCCCUCCGCAUCGCGCGGAACAUCGCCAUCCCAACCCUCGCAGCAACCUACGCAACCCACCUGGGCCUAAAGCACCUGGAAGAAAAAUACCCAGCACUUCCGCCCGCAGCAGCAGGAAGCAAAGCCCUCAGCACGCCAAGUCUUCCAAGCCAACGCUGCGCCUACACAGACAUCUACUCCGCGCGGAUCCCACUCGCCGCACUAUCAUCACGAAUCCCAGAACACGCGCGGUGCAGACGAUACGCACUAGACGAAGCAUGGGCGCAAGCGCUGCUCUCAUCAAAAGUCCUCCGAAGCGAAGCUUCACUUUACGGACUCUUCACGAAAGGCUCAUACGAGCCCGGCGAUGUAGGCGCGAAUGGAUUCGGUAUCCACUGGAAGACGGGUGCGCGGCGGAAAUUGCUAAAUGGACUCUUUAGUGUUGAGGCUGAACCGGCGCAGAACGAGGGGUAUGGGUUACUUAUUUCUUGGAGUAUGGCUGAUGCACCCCGGGUUUUCUUUGAGAGGAUUGCUCGCUGGGGUUAUCCUUGGCGGCUUAUGUCUGGUGGACGGCAUGAGAUGAGCGUUUCCGAGCCGUUUGAGGUUAAGGGGGAGGGGAGGUUUGUUGAGGUUCGUUUUUCGGCGGCGCAUGAUUAUGAGGUUGUGCCUGGUGAGGGGAAUAAUCAGAAGAUUCUUCCGGAGUGGAGUAAUCGGUUGCAUCGCGGGUUUGCGAGGUUUAUUCUUGAUUGUGCUGUGAGGGAGGUGGUUAGGGAAUUUGAAGGGCCCCAAUGA